AUGAACAACAAUCAAUCAACUAAUCAUCAAACUAACUCAAACACAGUCUUAGAUAUUGAUCCAGAUGAUCAGCUUGAACCAUUAUUAUCAUCACCUUCAGCAUCAACAUUUACAAGACCGACUGCAACGUCCAAAUCAGAUGGGUUUCAUCCAUUCUCAGCAUGUCUUUCAAGAUUCAAACAUCAGCAUACAACUAGACCACUUCGAAUACCUUUAAUCUUAAUCACAAUCACAAUCUCAACUAUUAUCCUGAUUAUUAUCUUCUCAGCUUCAUUUUCAUCAAUUCAAGAACCACCACCUCAUAAAAAGAAAACAUCAUUCACUUUUCAAGAUACUGUCUCUGGAAUCUAUAACGCUGAGCGAAAGUCAAUCAGCUGGUUAAGAGAAGCUGGAGAUGGAGUUUACUCAGAUAUCACAGCACAUGGUAUUGAACUUCACGAUCUCAAAUCGAAGACAACAAAAUUGUUACUUUCCCAAAGUGAUAUACGCACUCCUAAUGGAAAGUCAAUCAAUUAUAAAUCUUUCACGGUCUCCUCUGACUUGAGAUAUGUGAUGCUCAAGUCUGAUAUCAUCAAGCAAUGGAGAUAUUCAACAUUUGCGAAUUACUGGAUCUUCGAUACUCAUACCAAAACUAUCCAGAUCUUACACCCUAAUGCAUUAGGCGCACACACCAAUGUCUCCCUCGCAACAUGGUCACCAUCUGGUCAUUCAAUAGCCUACGUACACCAAAAUGAUAUUUACUUGCUAUCAUCACCUUCAUCGGCACCUUUACGAUUAACUCACACUGGUACUCCAACACUUUUCAAUGGGCUUUGUGAUUGGGUGUAUGAAGAAGAAGUCUUUGAAGGGUCAUCAGCCAUAUGGUGGUCACCUGAUUCUACCAAAUUGACUUACUUAGUCCUAGAUGAAGCUUUGGUACCUAAUUACGGCUUAACAGUUUAUAAUCCUACAUCCUUUUCCGGAAACACCGAACCUUAUCCAACAAGAAAACCUAUGAAGUAUCCUAAACCUGGUUUCCCUAAUCCUUUGCCAGGUUUAAAAGUUUUUGAUUUGAGGAAAUUUGAUAGCAUUGGAAGAGUGGAUGGAUCUACUAGUUGGCUGAAAAUGGAUCAUCCUUUUCCUGAUCGGGAUAGGAUCGUUAGUCAAGUUGCUUGGGUUAGUGAUACCGAGCUAGUCGUUAGAGAAACAGAUCGGAUUGGUAGCAGAGAGAAAACCGGCUAUUUCCAAUUUGUGGAACAACCUUACGCAGUUCCUGGUAGAGGCGGGAGUUGGCCUGAAGGCGUAUUGAUUGGAAAAGUGGCAAUAGACAUUGAUUUUGUUAAACGUGAUGGUGGAUGGGCUGAACCGGAUCGCUCCAUUGUUUCAAUCGACAUCAAUUCUCAUCGAGAUCCAACCAAUCAACAAAAACACCCAACUGAUCUAUCACCAGGCUACUUGGACAUACGAGUCGAUCAAGAUGGAUAUCGACAUGUGGCUUAUUUCUCACCCCCAAAUGCAUCUGAACCCAUAUUUUUGACUUCUGGCCAAUGGGAGAUCGAUGGAUCAAUCCAAGCCAUUGAUCUCUCUCGUCGCCUGAUAUACUUCAUCGCAGCCAAGCCAAGUAUUGAAAGGCAUUUGUAUUCAGUCAGAUUACCCACUAGCACAGAAUUGACGCAAAUCCAAAAAGAGAGAAAGCCAAAGGGACCCAAACAAUUGACAACAGGUGUUGGAUACUAUGGUGUGAAUUUCAGUCCGUUUGGUGGAUAUUCUUUAUUAAAUUACGAUGGACCUGAAGUUCCAUGGCAGAAACUCUCUGAUAUCGAUUCAUUGUUUUCUGGAAACGUAGAAGAUGAGAAAUUCGAGGCUAAUAAGUACCUAAAGCAUCGAUUGAAAUCAAUGGACAUGCCUGAGAUAGAUUACAAGACGAUCAAGAAUUCAGUUGGCGACUUGAUGAAUGUGAAGGAGCUGAGACCUGCUGGGAUGGAUAAAAGCGGCUCGACAAAGUACCCCGUAUUGAUCAAAGUAUAUGGAGGACCAAAUUCUCAGGUCGUGGAUGUCAAAUAUGCGAUCGAUUGGCAUUAUUUCUUAAUCUCCAAAUUGAAUUACAUUGUGGUCUUGGUGGAUGGAAGGGGUACCGGUAUGAAAGGUAGAUCAUAUCGAGUACCUGUCAGGAAUCAAUUAGGGUCUUUUGAGGCUCAUGAUGUUGCUGCGGCGGCGAGGUCAUAUGGUUCUUUAAACUAUGUUGAUGAAGCUAGGAUUGGAGUCUGGGGAUGGAGCUAUGGCGGAUACUUGACAUGUAAAACACUGGAACAGCAUUCGUCAGAUUUCUCUCUCGGUCUCGCUGUCGCUCCUGUAACAGAUUGGAAAUUUUACGAUAGUAUCUAUACUGAACGUUACAUGUCAACUCCUGAGCUCAAUAAACAAGGGUAUGAAACUUCAGCUGUGACAAAGAUGAAUGGGUUUCAUAAUGUCAGCCUUGCACUUGCGCAUGGAAGUGCAGAUGAUAAUGUUCAUUUUAUGAAUUCAGCAUCACUUAUUGAUCGGCUCAUCAAUUCUGGAGUAGGCAAUUAUGAGUUUAGGAUGUUCACAGACUCAGAUCAUUCAGUUUACACUAGGGGAGCAUAUUCCGAGCUUUUCAAGUUUUUAACAAGGUUUUUGGUUAAAAGAUGGGGAUUAGGAAACAAGAAAGAAUCUACUAAUGUUUCUGAAGGUUUAUUUCUUUGA